AUAUUUAACAGCUGCAGACUGUGCUGGGGGCAACUGCAACAGAGGGGAACCUUUGUAGCUUCCCAAAUUCACGGCUCGUGAGGGUGGGCGUGGGGAAGAUUUCUGCAGGGAGAAGAGGGAUUUCUCUCCUUCCCGGUAUUUGCAAAGCAGUUCAAUUAGAGAGAGACUGCAAUGCCAGCAUCCCAGACGCGGUCCAGAGCGCGAGACAGGAACAAUGUCCUCAACAGGGCUGAGUUCCUCUCCUUGAACCAGCCCCCGAAAGGGACCCAGGAGAGCAGGAGCUCGGGCAGGAAGCAGAGCGGCCAAACAGCGGCGGCUGGAACCCAGAACAGCAACCCCAAGGAGCGGAGGCAAUCGCAGCAGCUGCCCGAAGAGGACUGCAUGCAGCUCAACCCCUCCUUCAAGGGGAUCGCCUUCAACUCCCUGCUGGCCAUCGAUAUCUGCAUGUCCAAGCGGCUGGGGGUGUGUGCCAACAGAGCCUCGUCCUGGGGGGGUGCCCGCUCCAUGAUCAACCUGCUGGGGAUAACGGGGCACGGCAUCCCCUGGAUCGCGGGCACGCUCAUCUGCCUGGUGAAGAGCAGCACGCUGGCGGGCCAGGAGGUCCUCAUGAACCUGCUGCUAGCCCUGCUGUUGGACAUCAUGAUCGUGGCUGGGCUGCAGAAGUUGGCCAAGCGCAAGGGUCCGUACGACGUCAGCCCCGGGCUCUUGGACUACCUGACCAUGGACACCUACGCGUUCCCAGCCGGGCACGCCAGCCGUGCCGCCAUGCUCUCCAAGUUCCUACUCAACCACCUGGUCCUGGCCAUCCCACUCCGCAUCCUGCUGGUCCUUUGGGCCUUCUGCGUUGGCUUUUCCCGGGUCAUGAUCGGUCGGCACCACAUCACAGACGUGCUCUCCGGCUUCGUGUUCGGCUACCUGCAGUUCAGGCUGGUGGAGUUGAUAUGGAUGUCUUCCAACACGUGUCAGAUGUUGAUAUCCAUCUGGUGAGCGCGGGGGACUCGAUGCCUUUCCAUCCAAAACCAGCAGAUACUUUGAGUCCCCCCUCCCGGUAUUUUUUACCUAUUGUUUGUUGGAAGCAGUUGUAACUUCCAUAAGUAGUGGCGUUUUUUAAUGUUGCUUCCCUGCCUGGAAAAAGAAAGUCUCUUGCAAUGGAUUGGGUUUUAGCACCCAAUGGCCAUCCCCAUUUGUUGGCCAUGUUCUCAAACUGUAUUCGGACAGCAAUCAAAUUAAGCUUCACAGGUGAGAGAAAUGAGCUCUGCCUGCCUCGUUGGGAUGGUUCACCUCUCACCUGGGUUUGUCCUCAGCGUGGGCAGCGCCUGAGAGCUUCCUGAGGACUCAUCUGUUAACCUUCUGGAGGCUAAAGGAUUUUGGCCACAGUGCUUUUUCUUUUUGCAAGCCAAGCGACCGUGUCUUGUGCCGAGUCAGGACACUGCUGGCGUUUCACAGAUAAUAAAUAAUGGUGAAAAUCC